GGGAAGAUUUUGACGAGCUCACGUAAAUGACAUGGUGGUGUAACAGAAUGCCCCGCCACCCCGCAUUAUCAGUCACUGUCAGCGUGGUGUCAGUAGCCUGAGGUACUGGUCAAAGUAUUCGGGGCUCAACAUGGAGUCCAAUAAUGUCCGCUCAUGCCCAGCAUGCUCAGGACCAUUUGAGCAGCGCCAGAAUGCCAAGGCCGCUCGGAAGUCACCGAUCGUGCAUUUUAAGCUUCGUUCUUUAAUCACCCCUGAAUCAGCAGAAGCAUUGUUUCCUGGAGUCAACCUUGAUAGCUUUGUGUGCUCAAAGUGCAAAAAGCAUGUUCUUUCACAAGGACGACUAGUUUCAAUGAAUGGCAGAAUGAGGUAUCAUGUCACCCCACAAACUAUAAUGUACAAAGCCAUGUACAACAAAAAAAGGAACGCCUGCCGAGGGGUAUCAGAGCUCACUGACUCGGCAGCCAAGAAACCCAGACUUGCUGGAACACCUUGUGAAGGCGAAGAGAAUGGUGAAGGAUUGGUGAUUGAGGAAUCGUCAUCACCGAUGGAAGGCAUAUCUACUUUGAGUAGUGAUAAAGUUGACCAAGAACCCCAACCUUUGUCUUCUGUACAAGUAAAUGCUCCGACUGCAAUGCCCCCUAAACCUAAGAAGGAAGGAGAAAGACAGAAAAAGGAAAGGGUGAUUACUUUCAUGAAGCAAGGAGCCUAUGUGAAGGCAUUGAAAAAUCUCCUCUUCCUUGAGAAGGGACGCAAAGCGUUUCGUGAAAUCAUGGCAAACGAAUUACGCAAAGAGGUGCAUUAUGUCUUGGAGUCGGAAAACACACUCAGGGGUUUGACACCUGCAUUCUCACUUGAAACCAUGGAAAACUUCAAGUGGAGGGAGGUCAUGGAAGAUGUUCAAGUCAAGAUGCCAAUGACUUACACUGUCCUCCAAGGGAUCAUGCCAUCGGAGGAUUUAUUGAUGAGAAAAAGACGUACAUUUACGACUCGACGAGAGGCAAGAGAAACAUGGAACAGGAAGACUGGCAACAUUGUCGCAAACAUCCUGUACGCACAUAACCCUUGGGUUUACAAGUUCUGGCACAACAUAGUUGGGUUGGAAAUGUGGCGGCAGGGAGCAGACAGGAGGAUAUUUGAUAAGCUUCAUCACCUCGGAGUCUGCUCUACAUAUCUAUCAGUGCAGGAGACUGUGGACAGGAUUCGGUCCUUACACAAUGAGCACAUUCACCAGUGGAAGGAAAUCACAGAGCGUCACCUGCAUGUACCAACCUCAGAGGAAUCAACUGAUAAAUCCAGCGGAAAUAAAUCCAGUGGAGAUAAAUUCACUGGAGAUAAAUCCACUGGUGUUGGCUGCAGUUACAGCCUGUGUUGGGAUAAAAUCAAGUGGAAGGCAGCAGAAUGUCGUCACAAGGAAAAUCAUCAAGCCCAGUUUCACCGUCGCGCACUGUGUUUCAGUGUCCAGCAUCGAACGCCAUCAUUGCAGCUCUCUAGUGACGAUGCAGAAAUUGAUGUCCACCCUUCCUCUAUACUUCCAGAUCAGAAAGAUAUCCAGACAUUGAAGCAGCGUAUGGCAGUAAUUGUCCAGCGAAUUCUGGUCCAACACAUGAGUGCAUUGGAUGAUGUGUGUGUAGAGGCCCACAUCCCUCAUCACUUCACAGCAGAGAUGUCUGAAAAGUCAUCGCUUGUGAAUCUAGGGUUAAUUGACUCGGACCCUAGGCCAAUGUCUGGCGGUCGAAGCAUAAUGCAGCAUCUACAAGAGAAACACUGUCCAAAACAAGAAGGGAAGCCAUUCACUCUGCCCUGUAACAGCUGUGAAUAUGAAGUUAAGCGUAUGAUUCGCCACAGAGAGAUUCUGUCAAAGGAAGCCUCGCCGAGAAAAAGGCUUGAAGGGCUCUUACCAACUCCUCAAGAAUUUGACAAACAGACGCUCCUACUACAGGACACAGUGAAUGAUCUCUUUCACAAGAAUAGCAUCAACAGCAAAGGUACACUUUUUCAGCUGAAGGAAUUCUUCCAAUAUAAGUCAGUGUCAUCUAAAGUCAGGGAGGACUUUAAUGGCGUGUGGGACUUGAUGGAGUUUGCAACCCACGCUUAUGUUGUUCUGCUGGCAAUGAAACUGACACAUAUGAAUGGCUUAGAUGACAAACCUGAAGGAUUUCCUGACUCGGCUUCAGAGGCUAUACAGAAACGGUGGCUGAGGCAAUUUUCUCAACGUAUAGUUGACAACGUCUGGGCUUGGGUCUCAAGAGAGGAAAUGUCUGCAGUCUUGACAGGUGCAACAACUGAUUUGAGUAAUGAUGAGAAUCCUGCUGACAUCUACAGUUUCUGUUCUUGUCGUAAAGAAAAACGCGGUGAAAAGAUGGUUCGGUGCUGCAACGCAAUGUGCAGCAAUGGCUGGUACCAUCUGUCCUGCCUGAAACAAGACAAAAAAAUAGUUGCUGAUGAAGACUGGUACUGCUCUACAGCAUGUAAACAGUCGGCAAGCUACAUAUACUGCAUCUGUCAGUGCCAUAAAGGAAAGGAGGAUUUAUUCAUGGUUCAGUGUGAACGGGGUAGUGCUUGCACUAAAAGAGUGUGGUAUCACCCCUUCUGUGUGGGUCUGCAGUCAUCAGACAUCCCAGAUGUGUGGUUUUGUAGUGAAGAGUGUGAGAUUGGAAAGAGAGGUGAGGACCAGGUGCUUGAAUACUCCAAGCGCCUAACUUUGGAAGGUCUUCGCCACCUAGCAAGACAGGAUUUCAUCAGGGAAGGUGAUGGAAAUGGGCUUGUGUCCUGCUGGAAACUUGACUUCCUUGAUAUUUGGAAUCGAAAUCAUACACGCUACAAAUAUAUCACCCAUUUCUUCCUUGCCAAUGUAGCUGGAGCAGCACCAAGUAGACUGAGACAUGAACUCAUCUGGGAAAGAGUUGCCAACCUGAGAGGUCUGCCAGGGAAAAAUGUGCCUUUGGAUCAAAUUAUGGGACAUUUGGCCCAGGACUGCAAAGCUAUUCUAAAACAGCUACGUGGUGAGUACAGUGACCUUUCAUUGGCAAGAUGCAGUCAGUUAGCUGGGGUUUUCGGAUUUGACAAUGCCUUUGCCAACCGCCUUUUCGGCAAGGAUAGGUUAAUCCCUUCUAUACCGUCACACCGUCACACCAGCAAGUGCUUAUCAGACGUGGCAACCUUUGUUAAAGAAUAUGCAUCUUGUGACCUUUGGACCUACAAGGGUAGGAGACAACACACUGGAAUACAGCCAAUAGAACCGGGGUAUCAUGUGAAGAAUCCACUGGACUUUGGGAGAUACAUCGCUGAGCGUAACCGAGUCCUAAGGACGAUAAUGACCAACUCACAAGAAGCUGACACAAGAAGGACACAGGACAGUGACAGCAGCUCCUCUAGUUCCUCUGGUGAGGAUACACCUUGUGACAGUAGCUCUUCCAGUGCCUCCAGUGUGCGAUCACUUUCUCUCCCAGACCAGAGUCCUAUGACUGCUUUUCUUGAGAUGAUGGACAUUCAGUAAUGCUCUUUACUACGACACUUACUCAAGGAAUGCAUCAUUACUGUCAGUCUGUUGAGGCCAGCACCAAUGAUGACAGCAUCGUAUUUUUGAGCAAAAGGAUCUUCCUCCCUGACUGUGGGAGUGCCUCACUGUCAUGUGAUACCUACAACCAAUCGAAGGCUUGAUGCACAAGCAUAAUUUUGAAAUGUAUUUGAAAGAUUUAUUUCAAGAGCAUCAGGUAACCAGGUAAAUAGAUUAGCCAUUUGUGUUUACCAGCAUGUAAAAGGCUGUAGAAUCUCUAGGUACAGCUGGACUUUUGGCAGACUGUGCAUGAUCUUCAUAGUUCCCUGCCACAGUUAUUAAUUCAUGGCUAAUCAAAGUGGGUGUAAGUUGUGUUAAUACUUUACAUUUGUUAUUGAACAUGCUAAAUGUACACUACGUAAAUUUUUGUUUUGCCCCUUUUGAUUCAAAGCAAGAGUUGUGUUCCAGUCGUAGUUUUAAGUUUUGAGUUUUUCAUAUACAAUGACAAAAGUAUGUCUUUGUGAUUGUUCAUUGGGCCUUUGAUCUAAUUACAUGUAUACAAACACUACAUGACAGGAGGAUGGAUAGACUUUGUCAAUUACCCAAAGUGUUGGAAGUUGACAAACCAGCUCCACCAUCUUUUCCUCAUGAACUUGUUUGAUAACUUCCAAUACAUGUGUGUUGGGAACUAAUCUUAGCUAGCAACAUGAAAUGAACCAUGUAUUCUAAUUUACUUCAUACCUCAUAUGUCACAUGUAUAAUUUGUUGCCGUAACAAUUUCAAUUGUUAGUUACCAGUGGUGGUCAACAAGUACUGGUAUAAUUAUGUUCUGGUUCGGCCAUCCUUUCAAAUGUAGUUGAGUUUUAAGGUAUACAGACAAAGCUAUGCCCUCAUGACUUUCUUUGGCUUGUAAUCUAAUCUACAAAUUUAACUUGACUGGAGGAUGGAUGGAUGGAUAGACUGUGUCAGCUCUCCAAGGUAUUGGAGGUUGACAAACCAGUUCCACCAUCUUUUCCUCAGGAACUUUGUUGAUAACUUUUGACAAGAAAUUAACCACAUUAUCUGUAUUUGACCAUACUUCAUGCAUAUUCAGUUGCCUUGAAAAUUUCGUAUUAAUUGCCAGUGAUGGUCAACAAGUACUGUUUGUGCUUUUGAGCAUUUGAGCUCAACAUGACCAGAACGACAGUUUCACAGUAGUUUUAGAAGCUGGAGGUAUAGGAAGCUGACCAUACACAGCGGACUUGUUCACGGGCACACCUACUAAACAUAAAAAACAGUGAUUGGCAAGAUGGGGUAAAUGGAUUAGUGAAUAUUUAGCCUUCAUGCAUAAAUAUGUUGAAAGGUACUAGAAGUUGAUAAUGGAGUGUGCCUUUGCUAAAUGAACCAUUUACAUGUAUGUGAUUAAGGUGACAUGACGACUAUAAAUACAUCAUAUGCUUAAAGCCUUGAUUUGGUAGCAUCCUCCAAAUCAUUUUUGUGUUCACAUUUAGUGUGACUGACACUUUUCUGACACAGUAAUAAAUCCUAGCUAAUCCUUUGUUCUCCAAAUGGACCGCAUGGUUUACUACACAUUGAAUCUUUACUUACGAAGUAAAUGUGAAGGGUAUUGGCACAGGUUUGACUGACUAGUCCAAAUCCCCCCAUAUACACGUAUUCUCAAAAAACAAAUUUGUCACACUUGAAUUUAAUAUCUUUUAAUUUAGUAAUAAAUGAGUUUUUGUUAUUGGUAUGUAACAUCUCUAAAGGAAUUGUUGCAUUGUUUGGUUGGCUAUUCUAUUUGUCUACAGAAACACCUUUGCUCUCUUUCGACCUCUUUCCUGCUGACACUACACAGCCAGUUGUCUAUCCUACUUUGUUGAUCUAGUUUUUGUGAACAGAUGCUCCUUGGCCAAUUUGUACCCCCUUCCAGACGAGAUGUGUCCAUAGAAAAUGUGGUAUACCCACUGGCUGCCAUGGUGAUGGUGGGCGGCGUUUAGUUUGCAGAUACUCUCUCUACUGUUGAUGUAAUUGAUUUGCUCUUGACACCUUAGGAAGGCUGGAGUCUUCACAUGUUGACUAGAAAGAGGGGUCACCAGGCAAAAUGUGUACAGAUUUUGUCUCAUGAGUUGGAGAAAAACUGACGAGAUAUUUGCUUAAUGCAAAAACUCAACAGUCUCCUGCAUUCACAUACCCCUGCCCAGCCUACAUAUGCAAAUUUCCCAUGUGCCUAUUACGAUUCGCUGAGAGACUUGAUUUGCAUGCUUCCCUUGACCCUCCACAAUGCACUGCAGUCCCGCGGAGCGGGGCUUGGUGGGCUGUCCGCUCCUUUGUGCUGCGGUUUUGCGUUACCGAUUAGCGGCCUCGACGAGGAGAGACCCAGUGGAUUGAAUAGGCCGGGGUUGAGUGUGAUAUACCACAACAUGCCUGGGACCUUUAUCGACAAGAUCAGGCUGAGCGGAGGUACCACAACAUGCCUUGAUCGCUAAUGACCACUACCAGGAUUGAUCGGGUUGAGCGAGCGGUACCGUUACAAUGCCUUGAUCACUGAUGACUACUCCACCCACUGGGCCUAGCAUGAUCGACUGCUACACUACCCUUGGUCACCAAACCCACUCAGAUCGAGUUGACCGUGCUAUGCCGCAACAACGCCCUUGAUCAUGAUUGCCAGGGAGUAAUGAGCCGUUCUU